GGCCGAAAACCAACCAAGGGAAAGAGAAAGAAGAGAAGAAAAAGAAGAAUGUGGACCUGGAAAUCAAAGAGAAUGGGAAAGACAAGGGGAAGGAGGAAGAAAAAAAUAAGAGUAUGGACCUGAAAACCAAGGAGAAUGGGAAAGACAAGGGGAAGGAGGAAGAGAAAAGGAAGAUUGUGGACCUGAAAACCAAGGAGAACGGGAAAGACAAGGGGAAGGAGGAAGAGAAGAAAAGAAAGAGUGUGGACCUGAAAACCAAGGAGAACGGGAAAGACAAAGAGAAGGAAGAGGAGAAAAGAAAGAGUGCAGACCUGAAAACCAAGGAAACCGGAAAAGAGAAGGAAGAGGAGAAAAGAAAGAACCUGAAAACCAAGGAAACCGGAAAAGAGAAGGAAGAGGAGAAAAGAAAGAGUGCGGACCUGAAAACCAAGGAGAAUGGGAAAGACAAAGGGAAGGAGGAAGAGAAAAGGAAAAAUGAUGUGAAAGGCAAGGAGAACGGGACAGGGAUGGAAGCCAAGAAGGAGCAAGGGACGGAGAAAGAGAAGGAACAGGUCACAGAACAGGUCAAGGAGAACACCAACACCUCCAUUAAAACCCUGUACCCGCCGCCGGUAAGAGACCUGGGACCGGGACUUCCGAGGUCACAGCGGGCAUCCAGACCCGCUGGCUCUGUUACGUCAUCGUGGCCGAAGUACGCAGAGAAUCGGGUCUUUUCCGAGGGCUUCUGUCUAUGGAUGGGGGGAAGUGCCAAGGUAGAAAAUAAGCAGAUCCUAGUACUAGGUCUGGAUGGAGCAGGAAAGACCAGUGUCCUCCACUUGCUGGCUUCCAACAGAGUCCAGCACAGCACAGCUCCUACCCAAGGUUUAAAUGCAGUUCACAUCAACUCUGAAGAUAGGCAAAUGGAGUUCCUGGAGAUUGGUGGCAGUGAGCCAUUCCGUUCCUACUGGGAGAUGUACCUCCCCAAGGGGUGGCUGCUGAUCUUUGUGGUAGAUUCAGCUGAUCACAAACGAUUACCUGAAGCCAAGAAAUACCUUCAUCAGCUAAUUAAUCCAAAUCCAGGGCUCCCUCUCGUUGUGUUUGCCAACAAACAGGAUCUCGAAGCGGCUUAUCACAUUACAGAUAUCCACGAUGCUUUGGCUCUGUCUGAAGUGGGGAACGACAGAAAGUUGUUCUUGUUUGGAACUCAGGUGACCAAGAAUGGUUCAGAGAUACCCUCCACCAUGCAAGAUGCCAAAGACCUAAUUACACAUCUGGCCACAGAUAUGUAGAAGAGACUAGGACCCGCCGGCCCAUUGCUCGGCUCCCAUCCACCUACCACCAGAGGGGCUGAAAGACAGGCUCAGCCAAAACUUUCCACUUUCAAUAAAAAAUAAGCCAUGGUUAU